GCUACCCUUUCCUCACUUUGUUCUUUUUUUAACCACCAAAAAACCCAAAAGCUGAGAGCUCUCUCUCCAAUCUCUCCCUUCCCUUUCCAACUCCGACGAUGGCCGCCGAAUCGAAAACCAAAUACGAUCGCCAGCUCAGGAUUUGGGGAGAACAAGGACAAGCGGCAUUGGAGAAAGCGAGCAUAUGCUUGCUUAAUUGUGGUCCUACUGGAUCUGAAGCUCUGAAAAAUCUUGUUCUAGGUGGUAUUGGGAGUAUCACUGUGGUUGAUGGGUCUAAAGUGGAAGCAUACGAUCUUGGGAACAAUUUUAUGUUGGAUGAGGAAAGCCUGGGGCAAGCGAAGGCAAAAUGUGUAUGUUCUUUUCUGCAAGAGCUAAAUGAUGCUGUUAAAGCCAAGUUUGUUGAGGAGUCUCCUGAUACGUUAAUAGAAACAAAUCCAUCUUUUUUUGCUCAGUUUACAUUAGUGAUAGCAACACAGUUGUUGGAAAAUUCAUUAUUAAAGCUGGAUAAGAUCUGUAGGCACGCGAAUGUCAUAUUGGUUGUUGCACGCUCAUAUGGUCUCACAGGGCUUGUCCGAAUCAGUUUGAAGGAGCACAAUGUGAUCGAGUCAAAGCCUGACCAUUUCCUAGAUGAUCUCCGCCUUCACAAGCCAUGGCCUGAGCUCAAACAAUUUGCAAAGACCAUUGAUUUAAGUGUGACAGAUUCAGUUGUACACAAACAUACACCAUAUAUAGUUAUUCUUAUUAGGCUUGCUGAAAAAUGGGCUGAUGCACAUGAUGGAUGCUUGCCAUCAACUAGGCAAGAGAAAAAGGAAUUUAAGGAUCUAAUAAAAGCUCACAUGCUUAAUUUAGAUGAAGAAAAUUAUAAGGAAGCUAUUGAAGCCUCAUUUAAAGUCUCCACUCCUCGAGGAAUUAGUUCUCAUCUUUGUCAAAUUAUCAAUGAUGCUGCUGUUCAAGUUGACUCAACAUCGCCAGAUUUCUGGGUUUUGGUAGCAGCUUUAAAGGAAUUUAUUGAGAAUGAAGGUGGUGGAGAGCCACCACUUGAGGGAUCCAUACCUGAUAUGACAUCUUUAACUGAGUAUUAUGUCAGCCUGCAAAAGAUCUACCAAGCUAAGGCCGAGUCUGAUUUUCUUGUGAUGGAGCAACGUGUGAGAAAUAUCCUGAAGCGAAUUGGUAGAGAUCCUGAUGCCAUUACAAAAGCAUAUAUUAAAAACUUCUGUAGAAAUGCUAGAAAGAUCACUGUAUGCAGAUACCGCAACAUUGAGGAUGAGUUCAGCAUUCCUAUUCUACCAGAAUUACAGAAGUACUUGACAGAUGAGGACUACAAUUUUGCCGUUGGCUUUUAUAUCCUACUUCGAGCUGUGGACCGGUUUGCUGCUAAUUACAACAGAUUUCCUGGCAUUUUUGAUGGUGAAGUGGACGAGGACAUUUCAAGAUUGAAGACUAUUGCAGUUGGAUUAUUAAGCGACUUGGGAUUCCAUGGUCCAGCAUUAUCCGAGGAUCUAAUCAAUGAAAUGUGCAGAUUUGGAGGUGCAGAGCUCCAUGCAGUUGCUGCCUUCAUAGGGGGAGUAGCUUCCCAAGAAGUAAUCAAGCUUGUCACUAAACAAUUUGUGCCAUUGACUGGGACAUUCAUAUUUAAUGGAAUUGAUCAAAAAUCACAAGCCUUGGCACUAUAAUUGCAAGCAUCAGCUGAUAAAGGACUGUGGCUGCCUGUGACAUCAUACCUUGCCAGAAACCAAUAUAUGGAGAUUCUUGCACUUCUUACAAGGCAAAAAAAAAAAAGAAAAGAAAAGAAGUCAGGCGAUCGCCAUUGAAGAGGUUAAUAUCAGAUAAUCGUGGAGAUCUUUUUUCAAAGAACUGGUUAUGAUACAAAAAUUUUCGGGGGACACAUUGCUUGUAGUGAUCAUAUAUUAGCCAGAAGUUAAUCCCAAAUGGUUCGUCUGUUGGUCUUGUAUGCGAACCGCUCUGUAGUUGAGGAAUGCCUUGAUAUCAGGGAUCUGUAGAAUGAUAUGAAACACAUAAUGGUCCUAAGAUCUGUCUUUUUGACAGUGUCAAA